GACGCCAGUGGCCAGUCAUAUUUGGUGUCGGAUCUGGCUUUGGAAUGGGUUAUGCCAAUUGCCAGCAUGAAUUUAAUGAACCGUUCCUGGUCAAAGCUGAUAAAGUAAUUGUGAAACCAAAAGCACCCACCACCCCAACUGAGGCCCAGUGAUGCUUUGCUUGUUAUAUGUACAUUCAUUCUAGAUCCCAAUUACUGUAUAUAGAGUAUCUACACUCUAGUGAAUUGGAGCUAUUAUCAUUUCCUUACAUAAUCGCAGCAUUAUAUGACUAAGGAUUCUUAGGGUUAUUGAACAAUGGCUUGUAACUUAUGCAUUAUGUAAAACCUUUAUCUUUUGUAAAUAACAUCAGUUGAAAAAAAAGGGUUUUCUUCCCCUCUAUUUAUUAUUUUGUUAAUACUUAUUUGGAUUUGCUUAAAGGCAAAUAAAUGUU